AUGGCCUCCACACCACACUGUGUUUUCCUUAGAUUACAUUCAAUCCCCACACUACCCCCACCAUCAAAGAGAGUUCAGCCUUCUCUGAAUCAGUCUUACCAGGUUUCAAAUGGAGAUCCAGCAUUCUGGUUACACCUUCCUGCUUUUGAUCUGACCAAAAAGGCUGUUGACAAUAACAAUUCCACGCAAGUCAAAGGGCAGGAAGGCACCCUGCAAGCAGCUGCCCAACAAGGCGUCCUGCAAGAGCACACCAGCUACCAGUGGUGUGAAGAAGCCACACUGCUACCAGUCAGACACCUUGUGCUGCGCAAGAUCUCACAGGACUUCAAGACCGACCUGCGCUCCCAGAGUUCAGCCAUCAUGGUGCUGCAGGAAGUGUGCAAGGUCUACCUAGUGGGACUCUUUGAGGACACCAACCUCUGCGCAUUCCCCACCAAACGCGUCACCAUUAUGUCCAAAGACAUCCAGCUAGCAUGCCACAUCCGUGUGGAGAGAGAGCAUUAA